UCUCUCUCUCUCAUUCAGCCAGUCGCCCGCAGUCUCGUGCAUUAUUUCAGAAAGUGUGUGAAGGUUCUCCCGUGGACUCGAGUAUGUCUCACACAGUGACUCUCAGCGGUUCUUCUCCGUGGGGUUUUCGUCUGGUGGGUGGACGGGACUUCAACACACCGCUCAUCAUUUCUCGAAUAACGCCUGGCAGUAAAGCGGCGGCGAACGAUCUGAGUCCUGGAGACGUGAUCCGGGCCAUCAAUGGAGACAGCACUGAGACCAUGACACACAUGGAGGCACAGAACCGAAUUAAAGCCUGCAGAGAAGAGCUCACACUGAACAUCAGCAGGUACAUCCAGAACACAGCAACACAUCAUACACUACACUGUGAAGAGACCAUGACAUCACGCGUCAUGUAGUUCAGUUUCAUGUAA